GUGCCUAUACCAAUACUUAAAAAUUGAAUAUACACUCAAAUUUAUUGAAUUCUUCAAACUCCAAGCCCCAGAAUCUUUUCCAUCAUUUCAGCAUGUUUUUGAGUAUUUCACGGAGAGAACACCCCGGUCUCAUUUUGAGCUUCGUGAGACUUCACUUGUCUGGAAUUAUAAAUACGCAGGUGCCUAAUUUUAUUUUUGAUUCCCUUUAGACCUUAUUUUUUAUAUGAUUUUUCUAAUUAUGCUUUUCUGCUGAGAAUGCUAUUGUAGAUGUGGAGUUCGGAAGGCUUCAAGCUAGAGAUAUGUUACAGCAUCUUUUGACAGGCCCUAUCUCAAAUGCUGCUGUGGAUGUUGUCCAAGGUCGCCGAUCAGUUGAAGUCCGAGCAGUUGGCGUCACCAAGGGCGCAGCGAUUGAUCGUAUACUGGGGGAAAUAGUCCAUAACAAAGAUGUGAAGGCACCCAUUGAUUAUGUCUUGUGUAUUGGGCACUUUCUGCCGAAGGAUGAAGACAUCUACACAUUUUUUGAGCCAGAGCUUCCUACUGGACCAGUGGCUGCAGCAAGAGUAAAGGUAGCCAAUCCUGUCAAUCGAGCUGCUUCAAAUGGUUCAACAAGGAAAAGUGCGUUCAGGGCGAUUCGUAGUAAGGGCCCUCAGAUAUUUCCUGCCUCAGAGAAGCGAACAAGCAAUAAUGGAAACGGGAAUUGUUGCUCUAUAAUGCGUGAUAGAAUGACAGUACACGAGGGUUCAUCUGUUCUUGAUCUUAAGGGCGAUAACUACUUCUCUUGUGCUGUUGGAAGGAAGCGAUCAAGUGCCCGGUAUCUUCUUGGAUCAUCAGCUGAUGUAGUAUCACUGUUGAAGGAGCUGGCAGAGUCAUCACCACCAGGAUGAUCAUACUUUUUCUUUUGCCUGAUGCAAUGCUAUCAGUUGGAUGGUUGAGAUCCUAGAGGACUUAGAAGGCAUGGCAUGGUGUUUUUAUGCAAAUUAGCUGCUUUCUUUUUAGAGGUAAAUCUCAACCGCUUUUCCCAAAAAUUUGGAUUUUUUUCCUGGGUUUGGCUAUGUUGCCUAUCGUGUAUUUACAAUAAAAUUGGUAAUAAUACCAUUUGAAAAUAGUAAUAAUACCAAUAGUUGAUUAUUCUUC